UCAAAGGGAGACAAAUUAGUCGAAGUCUGAUACCCUGAGAGGCAUGACUGUCACAGUUUCAUUUGAACAAAUUCGAGACCAAUUAUUUUGAACGACUGGCGUGAUAUAAAGAAAACAACGCCAUUAGAAUGUGUCUCCGGGAAGUGGCUGUAUGCAGGGGGGCUAUAAAAGGUGGUGGAGCCAGCACGAAUUUGUAAGACGCCACAAAAGAAUAUGUAUCUAUAUUUGUUAAUCUGCUAAUUGUUUCGGUUAUUUACCCACGGCUGUGUGUCUUUUUUUUUACCUCAACCAGAGUAAACUGUGACAGGUCAAAAUGUUGAAAGAAUUGUGGCUCACUAGCAGGGUCAAAUUUGCAUGUCAGAGACAUAUUUCUUGUCUGUCCUCCAAAGGAAAUUACCGGAAGGAGGUCUGUCUCAAUAAUUUCGAACCGUGUUUCGAGAGUGACAAUUAUGAACCAAGUUACAUGCCACAAAAUCACAUUUGAAUAAUGUACUUUAACUUCAGUUUAUUUUGUAUUGCAGAAAUGAACAUCUCUUCAUCAACCGGUGGGAACGUUACCCUUUCCUGUACACUAGCCUCACGAAACAUUGCUACCAAACUGGGUUUAACCGUCGCUUAUGCUGUUGUGUUUAUUAUUGCCCUCUUCGGGAACUGUGCCAUAAUUUUGAUAGCCAAAACAAAGAGGAGAAUUCGAAAAGUGGCCUUCAAUUUUUUCAUCAUCUCCAUGGCAACAGCUGACAUAAUGGAUGCUCUCAUUGCUGUACCACUGACGGUGAUUUAUUUUCAUAAUGGGCCCCUCUGGUUCGGGGGAUUACUUGGCGACAUCAGCUGCAAAAUUCUACACUUUCUCAAUAAUCUCUCGUUGGCAGCAUCUGUUUUCACUCUGGCAGCGAUCUCUGUUGACAGAUACUUGGCGAUCGUUCACGUCUUAAGGGAACCCCUUUCUAGGAGGAAGGUUAAACUGGCUGUGGUUUCACUGUGGUUGCUUGCAUCUCUCCUGAUGUCGACGUACCUUAUCAAGUAUAAAACACUUCUAAAGGAAGACGGGAGGCAUCAUUGUCAUGGUGUUUGGGUCAUGGAUGACGGGGCAAAGAACUUCAGGAUGUACCAGUACGAGACGGUGACAAGGUUUAUCUUCAUGUACGUCAUCCCUCUCUUUUUGAUGGCUGCCCUGUACUCUCUAAUUAUUCGCGUUCUAAAGAGGCGGCAGGCUUUUGGGGAAAACAUGUCACAGAUUCGCAUUCAGCAUCAAAACGUCACUGUAAUAAAGAUGCUUGUCACAGUCGUGCUUCUUUUUGCGUUUUGUUGGCUUCCAACUCACGUGGUGUCUUUGACGACUGCGUUCUCCUACGAAAAGAUUCUCUGCUGGCCCAUAUCUCUGACCUUGACACUUUUCGUGCCAUCCCAUGCCAACAGUGCUAUCAAUCCGUGCAUAUAUCUCAUUUUCAACGAAAACUUUCGCAAAGGUCUCAAAGACCUCCUUAUCAGAUGCAGGAAAACGGGAAAUCGCCGAAUUCCUACGAAGAAGAUAAAGCAGUGGCCCGGGUCCUCAACUCUUGAACGCGAUCCAAACCGAGGAGGCAUCAAGGGUUAUUUUCGCCAUCUUUCCAAGGAGAAGACCAGUGACUCUGAUGACGUGUACGAUACACGUUUAUAGUCUGAACACAAACAAACUUUUAACAUAUUCUUUCUUUAAUACGGGGGUCCUAGUCCACCGAACUUUUUGUCGGAAGGUUUAGUCAUCGAAAUUACAUCCUAAGCAAACUAAUCAAGUUUUAGAGGAACCGAGAGGGGCAAUUCAUAAAUCAAGGAAACUUAGCGAUGAUUUGAUUUCGUGAUAAUUUUUAGAUUCGUAAAGGAAUAUACGUUAGAGACCUGCAAUGGUUGAAAACUUAACUAAUAACUGAGAUUUCAGCACUUCCAUCGAGGCCCCCUAAAAUCAUCCAACAAUACCCAAGGGAGAAGAAAGCAGGUUUAAGACAUUAAAGAAAAGUCCAUUACUUACUUUAUUACUUACGUUAUGUAAGAGAAAUAUGGUAGCUUAAUAGUAAAUUAGAAGAGAUAAAUUAAAUGGUCCCUGUACUGCGACUUUUCACAUUGCCUGAUGUAUGUAUGUGUCAGUAUAUUAUAUGUAUAUCAAAUUGACGAUGUCUUAAUUUAAGACGGAAAAUCACCAAUGUAACGGUCUUAGUAAAUUAAGAUUAUAUGUCACUGGCAAUUUAAACAAAAGCCUGAGAUUUGUGGAAACUAAAAUGGUAUAUUAAGCACAAUCUUUAUUCGGUCAUAUUCAGACAUGUACCUUUUCGCUGCUCGAUAUAAACAGUUAAUAGUAGAUCGCUUGACGCAUGAGAGAUAUAUCAUGUAUUUAGCCAACUAGCCACAAAUAACAAUAAAACAUGUAAUAAAUAAAAAUUUUUCGAUGCUGUCGGGCUUUUGGUUAUUCAGUCAAGAAAGUAGAGUAGUCAAAAGGCAGGUAAGAAAGCAACAACUAAACAGCCAACCAGUCAGCCACCUAAAUAACCAACAAACCAACCAAACAAACAAACAACCAGCCAGACAGCCAGCCAGCCAGCCAGCCUGCCAGCCUACCAACUGACCAACCAUCUUAACGUCAACUAACCAACCACCCUUGCUUAAUUUGGCGCCUAAAUUCAAUUUAUAGACUAAUGGUAACGGGAUUUGCCCAACUAGUUGUACUGCAUGUGGAGGCGAAUUAUCAAACGCGGAGUUUAGGAGGCAUUGUUUAGGGGGUGUUGGGCAUCCAAGGACGUAUGACUUGGUUCUUAUUUUAAGUUCGACCGUUAAGCGUACGAACCAAUGGUAGUAUACAACUUUGACAGGCAGCAAUGGUACGCUCCAGAACAUAUUCAAGCAUGUAGCUAGGGUAUUUUUUGGAGGAGGAUGCUAAAUUUUAAGCCUUUAGAGAUUGGACAGAAAAUGGCGAUUUCGACAAUUUUUAAAAGCAAACUAGCUCAACUCGCACUACACUCGCCUUCAUCAAGAACAGAUAUUACUAAAAAAUCAAAAUCAGUUGUGUGAGAUCAAUAACUACGCCAGCCAUUUGUCUACGGAGAACUGGAAAAAGUGGCUAAUCAUUUUGAUAGCUGAAAUA